AUGGCAGUGUGUGACGACUCUGGUGCGUUGCUUGCGGCGAGUGCCGACAAGUUGCUCGACGCAAGAGGGGAAGAGGAGCUCCAGGUGGAGGCGGAGGCGGAGGAUGAUGAGGAGGCUGAGGAGGAACCGGCUUUGCAGCGGGAGGUCACCGCUGCAGGCAGCGGCGCGCGGUCCUUGGGCUUGGCCCUUGCGGAAGUCUACGGCGCCCGGGCCAAGACGGGCCUUGCUCAUGCCAAGGACUACUAUGUGGAGCUUCCUCCAGCCUCCUGCUCCUUGGAGAAGUGGCGCGAACUAGCGAGCCUAGCGCAGGAAGGUGCUGUGGCAUGCUGCCCAACUGCUGCCGCUUUCUUCGAUGGGCUCAGUGAGGGCUUGGGUUGGGAUGUCUAUGAGUUGCUCUUGGACUUUGAGAUUUACACCCUGGAGCUGCAGCGCCGGGACCGUGUGCAAGCACGUAUACGCCCCCCGACCGAGUCGUCGUCGAGCGGCUCCGACAGCAGCAGCGAGAGCCUAGUGCUCGACGCAAAUUCGGAAGAGGAAGACGCUCCAAGCGCCGAUGGCGUGCAGGAGGCGUCUGAGCCGUCUGGGAAGCGCAAGAAGCUCCCGCAGAGUGGCCGAUGCACUGGCUUUGCAAUCGCCGGUGGUUCGGCCAACAUUGGAGGCCACACACUGGCCUCCACCGCUGGAGGGGGUCGGAGCUACUAG